AUCGUUUGACUUUGUCAAGAAAGACUCGAUGAAGAGACACAGCAGAGAAGAAUCACGUUGAACUAAAGGGAGUCAAACAUGUCAAUAUUCACACCAACUAACCAGAUCAGAUUAACAAAUGUCGCCGUCGUGCGGAUGAAGAAAGGAGGGAAAAGAUUUGAAAUAGCCUGUUAUAAAAACAAAGUGAUGAGUUGGAGAUCUGGAGCUGAGAAAGACCUCGAUGAAGUCCUGCAGACGAACACCGUGUUUGUAAAUGUGUCUAAGGGUCAAGUGGCAAAGAAAGAUGACCUGAAAGCUUUUGGCACAGAAGAUCUGACAGAAAUAUGCAAACAGAUUUUAUCUAAAGGAGAACUACAGGUAUCAGACAAGGAGCGUCACAGUCAGCUGGAACAGAUGUUUCGAGAUAUCGCAACAAUUGUGGCUGAAAAAUGUGUGAAUCCUGAGACCAAACGGCCCUACACAGUGAACCUAAUAGAGCGAGCGAUGAAGGAUAUUCACUACUCCGUUAAAGCAAACAAAAGCACUAAACAGCAGGCACUUGAGGUCAUCAAACAACUGAAGGAAUCAAUUCAGAUCCAGAGAGCUCAUAUGCGGGUACGCUGCGUCUGGCCAGCCAAGGAUGGGAAGAGACUGAAAGAAAAGCUCAAAUCAUUAAUAAAGGUGGUGGAAAGCGAAGACUUUGAUGAUGAGCUUGAGAUGGUACAGAUUCCUGAAGAUACUGCUGAAGUUUCUGCUGGAUUCAGUGUGACAAUACUGUGGCUGGGUGAGAAAAAGGAGGACUUAAAGCAGACGUCACAGACGUCCAAGCUGGAUAAAAAAGUGUGUUUGAUUGAUCCAGGCUGUUUCCGUGAGAUUGAUGAGCUCAUCCGCUGUGAGACUAAAGGAAAGGGAGCUCUGGAGGUGCUCAGUCUCAAAGAUGUGGAAGAAGGAGACGAAAGACUAGAAUAACCUCUGCAUCCUCACCUUCUUUAA